UGGACAUGUAUAUUUAUUUAGUGGAGACGUGAAGCAUUGAAGUUGUGAGCUGAAGGAAGAUGGAGGGGAAGAAGAAGAGACGUCUGGUGUUGGUUCACGGAGCCUACCAUGGAGCCUGGUGUUGGUACAAGCUCUCUACCCUCCUCAAUUCCGCCGGCCUUCAAGUCACGUCUCUCGACAUGGCUGCAUCCGGCAUCCAUCCAAACCAAGUGCUCGAUAUCACUUCAGUUUCGCAAUAUGUUGAACCUUUGCUCCAAUUUCUACGAUCUUUACCACCAGAGGAACGAGUCAUCCUUGUCGGUCAUAGUUUUGGAGGUUUAUGCAUUUCUCUAGCCAUGGAAAUGUUCCCCCACAAAGUUGCAGCUGCUGUUUUCCUUACCGGUUGGAUGCCUGGUCCCCACCUCAGCUAUCUCUCACUGUUCCUAGAGUUCAAGCACAGGUUAAGCUUGAAAUUCAAUUUGGGCUCAAAGACUGUCACAGAUGAAAAUACCAACGAUCAUCCGAAGCGAUAUAUGACAUGUGAUCUUCAAAACUUAGCAUCCAACGUCUACCAACAAUCUCCCCCAGAGGACUUGGCCCUGGCGUCUUCACUUUUGAGACCCUUUCCCAUAUUUGGUGACGAAGAUUUGCGAGAGAAUACACAACUGACGGAAGAGAACCAUGGAACUGUGGCCAGAGUCUAUAUAGUGUGUGAACAGGACAAAAUAAUGGAGCAGGAUUUUCAACUGUCAAUGGUUGAAAGAAACCCUCCUAAUGUGGUCAAAGUGAUUGCUGGAGCUGAUCACAUGCCCAUGUUGUCUAAACCACAACAGCUUUUCUCUUACCUUCAAGAGAUUGCCGACAUCUAUUACUAGCAUUUCACCGUUUAUGUUAUUUCUGCAAUUAUGUGUGAUGACCAUAUCAGCAAAUGCAUUUGUACCUUCCCAGCUAUCUGUAGAUGGUCCUAUGA